CAAUGUAGGUUUAAUUUAAAUCACAUGUUGACAUAUCAUAUUCAAAAAUUUACAAGCCUAACAAUUUGGUACCAAUUUAUUUUCCAUUUGACUGCAUCUUUUCUUCUUAUUUUACCUUUUCAUCCUUCAUUUUUCAAAAAAAUUUACACCCUGUUCGGUCCAAUCAUUUCCCUAGAGUACUGUACCCAUACACCAGCCAUUUGUAGGAAAAGGGAUGGUGGACCCUCUAUUAAAUACCAUUAUUAUAUUAUUAUUAUUCCCGAAGUAGAACUGCCUCUUAAUUGGGCCCAACGAAACAGAAUUUUUGCCUGGCCCAUCGCCCACGAACCGAAAUAGUAAUUGUUUUUUUUUUUAAAUUGUAAUUGUUUUGAAGCGGCAGAAUUAGAAAUUACUUCUGAAGUAAGUAGUCGUUCGCCGCUGCUCUGGCAAAUGACGUCAGACAACCAGCUGUAUAUAGAGGCCCCCUCCUCUCUCUUCAAAAAGGAAGUUUAUCUUUUUUCUCCCAGUACCUUCCUCGCCGGAACUCCGAGAAACCGCCUCGCCGGAAAUUUCAGAGAGUCUAUAAAGUAAAAAACUCACGGUGGUCGAAGGAUUAAAAUGUCGCUCUUCUCCAUCCUCGCCAUUUCCCCACCAUUUCCUUCGCUCCUUUAGCACCGAUUCUCGUCCUGGCUCUCUUUUGCUUCGUCUGUCUUCCACUGAUUUCACUUUCUUUCGUCUCUCCAUUUCGCACAGGAAAAGGUAAGGUUCAGGUUUCCCCGGCGCGUGGCCGUAUCGUUUUUUUGUUCUUUGCGCGAGUCCUUCUCACCUGCGCCGUUCCAUUUCCCUUUCUUCUUAGCUUUGCUUCCUUCAACUAGCUCCUUUGCAUGCUUCGAUUCUGCGUUUUCUCAACUAGGUUUUGUCCCUCUUUCAAGAAAGCUCGCUCGAUAAAUGCUCUGGUGUUUCCUCUGCCGUUCGAUCGAUUAGGAAGUUCGUUCAUACUUUCAUACUGUUUUGAUUUUUGGCUUCUCCAUUUGGGAAGUCGGUUAGGGUUUGAUGUGGAGGUCGUACGAUUCGGUUGGGUGUUUAUUUUUCUUUUUUACUGCUGCGAAUUAAUGGAUGCUGUCGCCAUUGAUGAUUUUGCUUGCUCUACUCCGACUUUCCUUAUCUAUACAUGCUGUUAAAUUGCCGAGAAAUUUCUCGAGGAUUCUUCCUGAAGAUUUGGGGGGAAAUGUAGCGAAACCGUCGCCUGAAAAAAUGGGGUGUUGAUGCUGUUAUUGCUGAUGUGCAGGGCAAAAAAAAAAAAAAAUGGUUUCGUCGUCGUCCCGAUCUCCUUUUACUACGCAACAAGUCCAAAAUUCGGCCGGCCCCAUCCAUGGAUUUAGUGGACCAGCAGCAGGUGGUCAACGUGGAGUUGACCAGUUCCGUGACCUGGCCGUGCCCCUGAAAAAGAGCAAGAAGGGGGGAACGAGAACCCUUUGCCCUCCGCCACCACCGGACUCUCCUCCGUCGGCCACCACCAGCUCCGCCGGCGGCGGGCCAAUGUUGACGGGAUCCAACUCUGGACGUCUCCGUCGUUUGAGUCCCGAGGAGGAGAAGGAUCGAGAGCUGGUGAGGAAGGCUCUGGAGGAGUACAACCGUACGGUGGAAGUUCUUCGGAGAGGGAAACCCAAAUCGAAAACCCCCAAUCCCGCCGGUGUCUAUAAAGAAGCCGUGGACGUUCUUCGCCGGAAACGAGCUUGCGUGAACGACGAAAAACGGUUGGGGAGUGUCCCCGGAGUUGAGAUCGGCCACCGUUUCCACCACUGGGGGGAGAUGAUGGUGGUUGGCCUCCACCAUCCGUAUCGAAGAGGGAUAUCGGUGAUGAAGCAAGACAGCGGGAUCAGUUUGGCAACCAGCAUUGUGGCUACCGAUUCGAAGGAGAAUUCGGUCACGGUGGAGAGGAUCGUGUACGUGGGUGAAGGGGGAAUGCCGUAUGGUUGCACCGAUGGGAAGCUGGCGAGGGAUCAGAAGCUGGAUGGUGGGAACCGUGCUCUGGAGAAUAGCAUGAAGAUGAAGCAGCCUGUGAGGGUGAUCUGCAAGCUGCCGUCGUUGGGUUCAGCUGCGGGCUAUGUCUAUGUCUACUAUGGCUUGUACUUGGCGGUGGAGAUGAAUGAGGUUACGAGCGUCCAUGGCAAGGUGGUGUUUCAGUUCGUGAUGAGAAGGAUUUCGGGUCAGCCGGAUCUGCCUGGGAAUCGGAGGAUGCAGCGAGCUAACAACUAGCGAUGGAUGGUGUGGAAUGCGCUUAGCAAGGUACACAAUGCACAGGCAAGUUGUUGAUGAUGAUGAAUAUUCGUUAACUGUUUUUAGUAAGCUUACAUAGGCAGUAGCAUGUCUCGGCAGUUGGUAGAAUAUUAUGACUUGGAUCGUUUAGUUUGCUAGCCAUAGUAGGCACAUAAGCAACUAGUGAUUAGGCUUCUCCCGAACUGGAUUUCGUUGUAGGUGCUUUGUUGGUGAGCCGCGAUGGCGAGAACUUAGUUUCAUGUUGUUAGGUUGUAGGAGGAAUCGUCCGCUCCUCUUAAGAAUGCAAGACUUGUUUUUGGGAGUGAGAAUGAGAUCUUAUGUUAACAAUGAAGAUGCAUCGACUACUCUUAAGGUAGGGUGAAUGAAGAGCCUGCUUCGAAAGUAUGUUAACGAUGAGGAUGCAUUGACUACUCUUAUGUGGUCGUGUUCAUUGCUUAAAAUCCAUACUCCAAAGUAUGUCGAUGAAUAAAGCGCCCGUUUUGACAACGAUGAAGAUGCAUCGACCUUAAGACUAGCAGUUCGAUGUAAGAUGGAUUUGAUAUUGCCAGGGAGAAAUCAAGUAGCUUGGUUUGCCCAUGACAAAGAUUGUGGCACAUAGCACAAAAUAUCCCCAAAUCAAGUACCGAAUUUCAAAAUCUAGCUUAUGCUAGGCGACUUUGCAAAGAGCAUGAUGGGCCAUAGUCGCACAAAAGUCAUGUUGUCUACGGGACGUGCACUACUUGGGCAUGUCAUUGUUCAACUUUUGCAUUGUUGUUUAAGGCUAGUAACACAUAUUAAAAGGAUGGUAAAUUGGAUUGUUGUGCUUAGAAAUCGAGUAGCUUGGUUUGGCCCAUGAUAGAGAUUGUGGCUCAUCGCACAAAAUACCCCAAACCGAGUAUCGAAUUUCAACAUCUAGCUUAUGUUGAGCAACUUUGCAAAGAGCAUGACGACCAUAGUCACACAAAAGUCGUGUUGUCUACGAGACGUGCACUACUUGGGCAUGUCAUUGUUCAACUUCUGCAUUGUUGUUUAUGGCGAGCAACACAAAUUAAAAGUAUGGUAAAUUG